AUGCGGAACGCCCGCGCCAUUCUGCGAGCAUCAUCGAUGGACACGGCGAGCCCGCGGAGCGACGGGGAGACCGCGGCGGCGGUGGCGGCCGAGGAGGAGGAGGAGGCCGUAAAGAUCUACGUGGCGGUGCCGGAGCAGCACAAGGACGGCCGGCUCACGCUCGCAUGGGCGCUCCGCAACCUCGCCGAACUGGCCCCGGCGGCUGCCGCCGACGUGGUGGUGGUGGUCGCGCACGUCCACGUGCCGGCGCAGACGAUUCCAGUGAUGGGAAGCAAGUUCCACCCAAGCAAGCUGAGAGCAGACCUGGUGAGCGUUUACAGGCAGAACGAAAGGAAAAAGAUGGACAAUCACCUGGACGAGUACACUCGCCAGUGCUCCAAGAUGAAGAUCAAGUGUGAGAAGCUUGUGGUCGAGAGUGAAGACGUCGUGAAGGGGAUCACGGAGCUCGUUUCGCUGCACGGUGCGAGCAAGCUCGUCGUGGGAGCAGCCGCUGACAAGCACUUCUCUAGAAAUUCCAGCAAAAUGUUGGUGCCCAGGUCCAAGACAGCACUUGAAGUCAUGCACAAGGCUCAUCCUUCAUGCAAGAUUUGGUUUGUAUGCAGGGAGCAUCUCAUAAGCAUCAGGGAGGAUCGUACUCUCAGAAGCCCGAUACCAACUCCGGCUAUUGUACCCGCACGUCGAAGCCCGAUACCAGCUUCAUCUAUUGUAUCCGCACGUCGAAACCGAUAUGCGAGCAGUAAUAAUGCAGUUGACAGCUUGAUCCAGAGGUCCAUGUCCGAGAAAGUAUCGCCCUUAUGGCUGCCUUGUCGGUCAGCGAUACGAAGAACUCUUAGCAUCCUCAGCAUGGAGCACGUCUCUGUGGGCUCUUGGGACAGCAACCCAAGAGAUAGCGUCCCGAGCUCGUGCCGCGAGGAGGCGUUGAGUGAUUCUUCUAGCUCGUUCGAACUGCCUAUAGACGACGUCUUCACGAUCCAUCACAACACUGCACCGUGCCAAGAUGAUCAGGCCAAGAAAACCGAGAAUGUGUCCAAGCAGAAGGAGGACAUAGCCAAGGUAAAAGAGGACAUACCACUGUCCAAGGAAGAGGUGGAGGCACUCAAACGCGAACGUGACAACGCCAUCCGGAAGCUCUCCGAGGUGAGUGAAGCGAAGGCGGAACUGGAGCAGCGAGUCGUUGAUCUCGAGGAGCGAACAUCCCUCCUCGACUCGCAGCUCAGGCUCGCGGAGGAGACGCGCACCACGGGGCCAGGCUUGGAUUUUGCAUGGUGCAGCGAGUUCUCCCUGUCGGAGCUGCGGCAGGCGACGCGGAACUUUAGCGACGCCACCAAGGUCGGCGACGGUGUGUACAGAGGGGUGCUGCGCAACACCACGGUGGCGAUCAAGAUGCUCCACUCUCACAGCUCGUCACAGUUCCAGCAAGAGGUUGUUGUUGUAAGCAGAGUGAGGCACCCAAACCUGGUGACGCUGAUGGGCUGUUGCCCGGAGGCAUCAGCGCUGGUGUUGGAGUUCCUACCGAACGGGAGCCUGGAAGACCGCCUCGCCCGUCGAGACGACACGCCGCCACUGGCAUGGCAGGCCCGCACGCGGAUCAUCGGCGAGGUGUGCUCCGCGCUCGUCUUCCUCCACUCGUGCGAGCCCCGCCCGGUCACCCACGGCGACCUCAACCCGGACAACAUCCUCCUCGACGCCAACCUGGUCAGCAAGAUCGGCGACUACGGCGCCUCUCGCCUCCCGACCAUGACCAACCCCGGCAGCUCGCCGUACACGGACCCGGAACUCCUGAUCACCGGGGAGCUGACGGCGGACUCUGACGUGUACUCCUUCGGCGUCAUCGUGCUCCGGCUGGUCACGGGGCAGCCGGCGCUGGGCAUCGCGAGGAAGGUGGAGGAGGCGCUGGAGAAGGGCGAGAUGGAGGCGCUCGUGGACCGGUCGGCCGGGGAGUGGCCGUUCGCGCAGGCCGAGAAGCUCAUGCUGCUCGGGCUGCAGUGCGCCGAGCUCAGCAGCCGCAGGCGCCCUGCGCGGAUGAGCCAGGUGUGGAGGGUGGUCGAGCCCCUGGCGAAGGCGGCUUCCAUGUCUGUCGCACCAGUGUCUCUUGUGCGUGAGAGCCACAUGCCGUCCUACUUCAUCUGCCCAAUUUCUCAGGAGGUUAUGAGGAACCCUCACACGGCUGCAGACGGCUACACCUACGAGGCGGAGGCGAUCAAGGGGUGGCUCGAUAGCGGGCAUGAGACGUCCCCGAUGACGAAGAUGCCUCUCGCGCACCGUCAUGUCACCCCGAGCUAUGCUCUUCGCUCUGCCAUACAGAAUUAUAUGCAGCAGCAUCAACAAAAGAUGCCACCACGAUCAGUCCGGUCAACUUGAUGCAUUCUUGACGUCAGAAGUUCACCGUUCUGUGUCCUUGCUUAGAAGUCAGCUCCACAUUUGGUGUAUAUAUUAGUACUACCUUGUUGUUUUUGGGUUUAUGAGUUGCAAAAUACGAUCUACUGUGCAUGUAUUCAAACACAGAUGAAUU